AGCAUCAGUCGAAUCACUACAGUCUGCGUGGCAAGUUCAAAUCGACAAUGUGGUGGACAGUUGUUGGGAUAUUGGGUGGCUUCCUUGGUGCCGUUUAUUUGUUCCUGACAUGGAAUUUCAACAAGUGGACGAAGUUGGGUGUUAAAGGACCCAAGCCGAAAGUUCUGUUUGGAAAUAUUCCAAGUCUUUUAACGCAGAAACAGCAUAUUUACUAUGAGUACCAAAAAAUGUACAAUGAUUUCAAAAAUGAACCCGCGGUUGGUUAUUUCGCCGUUCGAACGCCUCUGUUGAUGGUACGGGAUCCAGAACUGAUCAAGGAAGUCCUCAUAAAAGGAUUCCGCUACUUUGCGGCAAACGAUUUUUCCGAUGUCGUGGAUGAGAAGUCCGACCCACUGUUCUCGAGAAACCCAUUCAGCUUGUCCGGCGAGAAAUGGAAGACACGACGAGCGGAAAUCACACCGGCUUUCACCAACAACCGAAUAAAAGCGCUUUCGUCUCUUAUGGAUGAAGUGUGUGUAAAAAUGACUGAAUAUGUCAAUAAAAACAACGCGAAGGCCAUUGAUACAAAGGAGCUAAUGGCAAAAUACACCACUGAUGUCGUUUCUAACUGCGUAUUUGCAAUCGAUGCUCAGUCAUUUUCCAAGGAUAAGCCUGAAAUACGAGAAAUGGGUAGACGUAUAAUGGAUUUCAACUUCGCUGCCCAAAUUAUUUUGUUAAUAACCACAUUUUUGCCAUCAGUCAAAAAGUUCUACAAAUUUUCAUUUGUUUCUCGAGAAGUGGAAGACUUUUUUAUUCGCAUAAUGAAAGACGCCAUCCGUCAUCGCAAGCAAAACAACAUCGUCCGAAACGACUACUUAGACCACUUACUUACGCUACAGGAGAAAAAAGAAAUUACGGAAAUUGACAUGGCAGGCCAUGGCGUAUCGUUCUUCGCGGACGGGUUUGAGACAUCCAGCCUGGUAAUGGCAUAUUGCCUCUUCGAUUUGGCAACUCAUCCUGAAAUACAGAACCGACUAAGGAAGGAAAUCCGAAGCGUACAAGCUGCCAAAGGAGGCAUCAAUUAUGACAGCAUUGGCGAUAUGACCUAUCUCGAUCAAGUCCUGAACGAAUCGCUACGACUCCACCCUAUUAUUCCUGUGUUGGCAAAACGAUGCACUGAAAGCACCGUACUGAUAGGAUCAAAAGGAAAGCAAAUACCAGUUUCAGAAGGAACUUCCGUUGUCGUUCCCUACUUUGUCCAACUUGAUUCACAGUACUAUGACGAGCCUGAUAAAUACAACCCAGAGAGAUUCUCGCCGGAAAAUGGAGGAGGCAAACAAUACAAAGAACAAGGCGUUUAUUUCCCGUUCAGCGAAGGACCCCGGAUGUGUCUAGGAAUGCGGUUUGCUGUUGCCCAGCUGAAAAGGGGGCUUGUGGAGAUAAUAGACAAAUUUGAAGUAUCGCUAAACGGGAAGACCCAGGUUCCUUUGAAAUUUGAGCCAAAAAUGUUUAUGCUGUACCCCAUUGGUGGCAUCUGGUUGGACUAUAAAACAAUCAAAUAGGUUUAUUCUUAGUUUGCUUGAUAUUUUAUUAAAAACUCUAAGCGUUUUUAAUGCUUCCAAUGAGCAUUUCGCUCUUUGAAGGAAACACCUCCUUGGACCACGGAUCACCAUGCAGCGUCCAUUGGAACAGUCAAAAACUGUUGUGAAAAGUAUUGUGACUGUGUGGUAGGAAUCAUACUGACACUUUGCAGCGCUCUGCAAAAAAAUGCCUUUUUAGAAGAAUAAAACAAUUUGUUAGCAACA